AUGACAAUUCAAUAUCGACAGCGGAUAAGCAGCACUUCAUGGGUUCUUUUGAACCUAUCGUGUGCAUGGUUCUUUCAUCAAACACUAUGUUGUGUUCCAACACAAGGAAUGACAACAACAACAACAACCACACGUCCAAUAACCACUACAACUGCAGCUAGGCCAACCACUACGACUACAAGCACCACUACAACGACUACUGCCAGCACCACUACAACGACCAUUUCCACCACUACCACAACAGCAGAAGCUCCAGUCCAAGAAGAUUGCUGCCCGCCGCUAACUCAAACUUUGACGCAAAGCGAGUUCCCCGACGGAUUAAUGACGUUCACUUACGACAACGACACUUGUCCAAAGACGGUUACGGCCACGUGCUCACAAACUGAUCCAGCUUUCGAUUUGUACGCUGCGAUCGUCGCGAACGCACAGUAUUUCCUUGACUAUGGACCCAAUAACAUCAGUUUCCCCGGAACAUGCAACACGACGUUAUUGAAAUGGGAAAUGGGAUUUCCACCGCUACUCAUCGAUACGCUUGAAUGUCGUUUGACGAAUCCACCGUCUGGAUAG